AAGGCUGAGAGCCGUUUCCGCCGCCAUUGCGGAUUUUGGACAGAAGAUCAGCCGUAGCCACUGCUAUCCAUCGAUGCAGUGCUGAAACCGGACACGCAAGGGGGCACAAAACCCGCGUUUCCAUUGACGCCGGACUACGGAAACACGACUGCCUGCACCGUAUUUCGUCUUUUUCGUCAUUACUGUGCUGUUUUUUUUUCCUCCACUGACUGGCUCCGACCUACACACACCGUGAGGAGGUCGUAGCUAGCGCGGUGCUACUGCCGAGCCAGCCUGCUAGCUGUACGGCUAGGAUUCCGCGACUCCGGAGAAGCUCAAGAAAUCCACCAUGGCUCAGAUCCUGCCUAUUCGGUUCCAGGAGCACCUGCAGCUCCAGAACCUGGGAAUCAACCCCGCCAACAUCGGAUUCAGCACUCUGACCAUGGAGUCCGACAAGUUCAUCUGCAUCAGGGAGAAAGUGGGCGAGCAGGCCCAGGUUGUCAUCAUUGACAUGGCCGAUCCCAACAACCCGAUCCGCCGCCCCAUCUCCGCCGACAGCGCCAUCAUGAACCCCGCCAGCAAAGUUAUUGCCCUCAAAGACGCGGCCAAAACCCUGCAGAUCUUUAACAUUGAGAUGAAGAGCAAGAUGAAGGCUCACACGAUGACGGAUGACGUGACCUUCUGGAAGUGGAUCUCGCUCAACACUGUCGCCCUAGUCACAGACAACGCCGUCUACCAUUGGAGCAUGGAGGGUGACUCCCAGCCAAUCAAAGUCUUUGACCGUCACUCCAGCCUGGCGGGCUGCCAGAUCAUUAAUUACCGCACAGACGCCAAACAGAAAUGGUUGCUGCUUAUUGGAAUUUCAGCACAGCAAAACCGUGUUGUCGGAGCGAUGCAGUUGUACUCGGUGGAUCGUAAGGUUUCUCAGCCUAUUGAGGGUCAUGCCGCCGGGUUUGCACAAUUCAAGAUGGAGGGCAACACUGAAGAGUCCACUCUGUUCUGCUUUGCUGUGCGAGGACAGGCAGGAGGAAAACUUCACAUCAUUGAAGUGGGAACUCCGCCAACUGGGAACCAGCCGUUUCCAAAAAAAGCUGUGGAUGUUUUCUUCCCUCCAGAAGCCCAGAAUGAUUUCCCUGUCGCCAUGCAGAUCAGCUCCAAGCAGGAUGUGGUGUUCCUCAUCACUAAAUAUGGCUACAUCCACCUGUAUGACCUGGAGACUGGAACUUGUAUCUACAUGAACAGGAUCAGCGGGGAGACCAUCUUCGUCACCGCUCCCCACGAGCCCACAGCUGGCAUCAUUGGCGUCAACAGGAAAGGACAGGUGUUGUCGGUGUGUGUUGAGGAGGAGAACAUCAUCCCCUACAUCACAAACGUGCUCCAGAACCCAGACCUGGCUCUCCGCAUGGCCGUACGCAACAACCUCGCCGGAGCCGAGGAGCUGUUUGCCCGCAAGUUCAACACUUUGUUUGCUGCUGGGAAUUACUCGGAAGCUGCCAAGGUGGCAGCCAAUGCACCCAAGGGAAUCCUGCGAACUCCAGACACCAUUCGUAGGUUCCAGAGCGUUCCGGCCCAGCCGGGCCAGACGUCCCCCCUGCUGCAGUACUUUGGCAUCCUGCUGGACCAGGGCCAGCUUAAUAAGUUUGAGUCUCUGGAGCUUUGCAGGCCUGUUCUCCAGCAGGGCCGCAAGCAGUUACUAGAAAAGUGGCUAAAAGAGGACAAGCUGGAAUGUUCUGAGGAGCUGGGAGACUUGGUGAAGUCUGUAGAUCCGACCCUUGCCCUCAGUGUCUAUCUCCGAGCCAACGUCCCCAAUAAGGUCAUCCAGUGCUUUGCAGAGACCGGACAGUUCCAGAAGAUUGUCCUCUAUGCCAAGAAGGUGGGCUACACUCCGGACUGGAUCUUUCUGUUGAGGAAUGUGAUGCGCAUCAGUCCAGAACAGGGCCUUCAGUUCUCCCAGAUGCUGGUUCAAGAUGAAGAGCCGCUUGCUGACAUAACACAGAUUGUGGAUGUGUUUAUGGAGUACAACCUGAUCCAGCAGUGCACAUCCUUCCUGCUAGACGCCCUGAAGAACAACAGACCAAUGGAAGGGCCGCUGCAGACACGCCUGCUGGAAAUGAAUUUGGUCCACGCACCGCAGGUUGCAGAUGCCAUUCUGGGAAAUCAAAUGUUCACCCACUACGAUCGAGCCCAUGUGGCACAGCUGUGUGAGAAAGCUGGCCUCCUGCAGAGGGCGCUGGAGCAUUAUACUGACUUGUAUGACAUCAAGCGAGCUGUGGUGCACACACAUCUUCUCAACCCAGAGUGGUUGGUGAAUUUCUUUGGCUCCCUCUCUGUGGAGGACUCUCUGGAGUGUCUGAGGGCCAUGUUGUCCGCCAACAUUCGCCAGAACCUGCAGAUCUGCGUUCAGGUCGCCUCCAAGUACCACGAGCAGCUCACCACUCAGUCCCUCACGGAACUUUUUGAGUCUUUCAAGAGCUUUGAGGGAUUGUUUUACUUCUUGGGAUCCAUUGUCAACUUCAGCCAGGAUCCAGAGGUUCACUUCAAAUAUAUUCAGGCUGCCUGCAAAACGGGACAAAUCAAAGAGGUGGAGAGAAUCUGCAGGGAAAGCAAUUGCUACGAUCCUGAACGUGUGAAGAAUUUCCUGAAGGAAGCCAAGCUCACUGACCAGCUGCCUUUAAUCAUCGUCUGCGACCGCUUUGACUUCGUUCAUGAUCUGGUCCUGUACCUGUACCGCAACAGUCUGCAGAAGUACAUCGAAAUCUAUGUUCAAAAGGUGAACCCAAGCCGCCUGCCGGUGGUCAUUGGAGGGCUGUUGGACGUUGACUGCGCUGAGGAUGUGAUUAAGAACCUGAUCAUGGUCGUGAGAGGACAAUUCUCUACGGACGAGCUGGUCGCUGAGGUGGAGAAAAGAAAUCGACUGAAGCUGUUGCUGCCCUGGUUGGAGGCUCGUAUUCAUGAGGGCUGUGAGGAACCUGCAACUCACAACGCUUUGGCCAAGAUCUACAUCGACAGCAACAACAACCCUGAGCGCUUCUUGAGGGAGAACCCUUUCUACGACAGCCGCGUGGUGGGCAAGUACUGCGAGAAGAGAGACCCCCACUUGGCCUGUGUGGCUUAUGAAAGAGGACAGUGUGACCAGGAGCUCAUCCAUGUCUGCAACGAGAACUCACUAUUCAAGAGUCUGUCCCGCUACCUUGUUCGUCGUAAGAACCCUGAGCUGUGGGCAAGUGUGUUAUUAGAGACCAACAACUACAGAAGGCCACUCAUUGAUCAGGUUGUCCAGACGGCUUUAUCGGAGACUCAGGAUCCGGAGGAGGUGUCGGUCACAGUCAAGGCCUUCAUGACCGCUGACCUUCCCAAUGAGCUCAUCGAGCUCCUGGAAAAGAUUGUUCUGGAUAAUUCCGUCUUCAGUGAGCACAGAAACCUCCAGAAUCUCCUCAUUCUGACAGCCAUAAAGGCUGAUCGAACACGAGUCAUGGAGUACAUAAACCGCCUUGAUAACUACGAUGCCCCAGAUAUUGCAAACAUUGCCAUCAGCAACGAGCUGUUCGAGGAGGCCUUCGCUAUUUUCAGAAAAUUCGAUGUCAACACUUCUGCAGUGCAGGUUCUGAUCGAACACAUCGGUAACUUGGACAGAGCCUAUGAAUUUGCAGAGCGCUGCAACGAGCCUCCAGUUUGGAGUCAGCUGGCGAAGGCCCAGCUUCAGAAGGGCCUGGUCAAAGAGGCCAUUGACUCUUACAUCAAGGCCGACGACCCCUCUGCCUACAUGGAGGUGGGACAAGCGGCAGCCCAAAGUGGAAACUGGGAGGACCUGGUGAAGUUCCUGCAGAUGGCCCGCAAAAAGGCCCGCGAGUCCUACGUUGAAACCGAGUUGAUCUUUGCCCUGGCCAAGACCAACCGCCUGGCCGAGCUGGAAGAGUUUAUCAAUGGGCCCAACAAUGCCCACAUUCAGCAAGUGGGCGAUCGUUGCUACGAUGACAAGAUGUAUGAAGCAGCCAAACUGCUUUACAACAACGUGUCUAACUUUGGCCGUCUGGCGUCCACUCUGGUGCACCUGGGAGAAUAUCAAGCCGCUGUGGACGGAGCUCGCAAGGCCAACAGCACUCGCACCUGGAAGGAGGUGUGUUUCGCUUGUGUCGAUGGAAAGGAAUUCCGUCUUGCACAGAUGUGCGGCCUGCAUAUUGUCGUCCACGCUGACGAACUGGAGGAGCUAAUCAAUUACUACCAGGACCGCGGCUACUUUGAGGAGCUCAUCACCAUGCUGGAGGCCGCUCUGGGGCUGGAGCGUGCUCACAUGGGCAUGUUCACCGAGCUGGCCAUCCUCUACUCCAAAUUCAAACCCCAGAAGAUGAGGGAACACCUGGAGCUCUUCUGGUCCCGCGUCAACAUUCCAAAGGUUCUCAGGGCAGCCGAGCAGGCCCACUUGUGGGCAGAGCUGGUGUUCCUCUACGACAAGUAUGAGGAAUAUGACAACGCCAUCAUCACCAUGAUGAACCACCCGUCUGACGCCUGGAAGGAGGGCCAGUUCAAAGACAUCGUCACUAAGGUGGCCAAUGUGGAGCUCUACUACAAAGCCGUCCAGUUUUAUCUGGAGUUCAAACCCUUGUUACUGAACGACCUGCUCAUUGUCCUCUCUCCACGGCUGGACCACACACGCGCCGUCAACUUCUUCAGCAAGGUGAAGCAGCUUCCUCUGGUUAAACCUUACCUGAGGUCAGUCCAGAACCACAAUAACAAGUCUGUCAAUGAGGCCCUCAACAACCUCUUCAUCAUUGAGGAAGACUUUGCGGCACUGCGUACAUCCAUCGACGCCUAUGACAAUUUUGACAACAUCUCCCUGGCCCAAGGCCUGGAAAAGCACGAGCUGAUUGAAUUCAGGAGGAUCGCAGCCUACCUGUUCAAGGGCAACAACCGCUGGAAGCAGAGCGUGGAGCUCUGCAAGAAAGACAAGCUCUACAAGGACGCCAUGCAGUACGCUUCAGAGUCGAAAGACAUCGAGCUGGCAGAGGAGCUCCUCGCUUGGUUCCUGAAGGAAGACAAGAAAGAGUGCUUCGCCGCCUGCCUAUUCACCUGCUACGACCUGCUGCGGCCCGACGUGGUUCUGGAGACCGCCUGGCGGCACAAUAUCAUGGACUUCUCCAUGCCAUACUUUAUCCAGGUCAUGAGGGAAUAUCUCUCUAAGGUUGAUGCGAUAAAGGAAAAGGUGGAUAAACUCGAGGCCGCUGAGUCUCUGAGGAAACAGGAGGAACAAGCUACUGAGUCUCAACCCAUUGUUUACGGCACACCCCAGCUCAUGCUCACAGCGGGGCCCAACGUGGCGGUGCCUCCCCAGCAGGCGUACGGCUACGGCUACACGGGCGCGCCGGGCUACGGCCAGGCGCCGCAGCCCAGCUUCGGCUACGGCAUGUGAUCCUCCGGCGACCCCAAACCGCCACCUGACCCGCCAUCCCCCUCCCAUCUGUCCCUCUCUCUUUGUGUUCCUCACCAGCUUCCCAUGGUCUUCUACUCACAACAGGGGCCACAAGCAAGCAAACAGCCCACUCUGGUUUUGAGUACUAUUUUUUUAUUACGUUGGCCUGUUAAAUAAGUACACAUUUAAAUGCAUUGAAGGACUUUUAUUUGUAUUGUUUGAAAGAAAUUGGACCACAUGUUUUGGGUUUUUUUUUCACAUUCCAUAUUUAUGACGACUUAUUUAGAUUUUUAUGUGUGUUUCUGUUACUGUCAUGUUGUUUUGUUGUUUGUUUUUUUUUUUAUUGGUUUGUGCAGAAGUGGGCUUGCUAAAAGCUCAGCGAUGAACCUUUGAAGUAGGUGGAGGAGCAUUGGAUUUUGCACUCAUGAAGAAAUCAAUGUAGAGAAGCUCUUACUUUGAACGUACUGAACAUGUGAACAGCUUACAUCGUCUGGUUUGUCUGUAUAAUGCAUUUCGUCAUUGUAUAUUCUGAGGAAAAAAAAAAAGGUUACAUAUAAUAAUGAACAUAUAUUGCCAUUUCAAUGGCUAUAGCUAGCAACACUAAGUAAUGAUAGUAUAUUCUGCACAGGCGUGUAGCUUUAUGGAGUUUUAAAUGCAUACAGAUGUAUGUCACUGUGUGACUGAGGGUGUGUUUGUGUGCGUGUCUGUAUGUGUGUGUGUGUGUGUGUGUGUGACCUGAAGGUCUACAUAAGAAAUCUAAGCCCCUCUACCACCGGCCUGUCCGAGGCUACCUGACCCACCCUAGUAGAUAUUAGCUCUCUCUCAUUGGCUCCAUGUAUUUAGGUGACCUCUUGUGCCGUGUACAGUGCUUGUGUGAGACUGUAUCUGUGUAUGUGCGAGGACGGGACCACAGCUCCCACCCUGCAGGGCCCUGAACUCUACCCUGUGUGUGCGUGUGUGUGUACUUACUCCGAACCCUCCCCGUGCUGAGGUCCGUGUAUGCCAGGUGUUGUGGUGUUUCCCUCGGUCACCAUUACUCUUUUCUUUUCUUUUCUUUUUUCUUUUUUUUUCUGUUUUUCUUUUUCUUGCGUGUACAGAUGUGAACAUGAAGAAUUGAAAACUUUUAGAUGGAGACCCCCCCCCCCCCCCCCCCCCCCCCCCCCCCCCCCCACCUCCACACACACACCGAUCCGUCCGCCAUCCCCACUCCACCUGUCCUGUUUCCUCCUACUUUGAUGCUGAAAUGGCAAGAAGGAGCAAAAGGAGGCCGAAGAACACAGGCUGGUGGAACCUUUGGUGUUCUAAUAACAGCUCGAUUAGACUCAUAAACACUCCUGUAGGUUGUGUGUUUAGAUGGUUAUGAUGAAGACAUUUAGGUCUCCCUACAUCCUGUUCUUUGUCAAGAAUGGUAUGAAAUAAGAGCCUGUUAUUUACCUUGAUGUAAUUAACUUCCUUACAUGCUUUAAGCUGUGUGUGUGUGUUUAAAGUGUCAUCCUAACCCUAACAUAAGUUGAAUUCCUUUCCGUUGUCAUGCAUAUUGAUAAUAAAGGGGAUCUGUCAUUGAUAAGUGGAAGAUUAUGACUUACCUGAAAGGGAAAUAGCCUAAAUAAAAGACUAAAAAUUGUACCCA